UCCAUUUAAGUCCUGCAGAGCAAACUGAUGGAAGUGCAGUUGGGAAGGGAUGCCCUUCUGGAUACCAGACAAAAAGAAUUGCAGAACCAAGAGAAUGACAAAUUACAGCUGAAAAAUGCUAUUUGAGAGCUGCAAGCUGCCAACCAGCUGCAGGAGGAGAUGCUGAGGGAGGCUGAGAGCCCAACUGAGCAUCUGAAAAAGAUGGUCCACGGUCACAAGGAAGUAUUUCUGGAAUUACAGGGCAUCCUAAUGGACUACAAAGACAACAGAGGCAGGAAACUCUGUGAGCAUGGGAAUAUUACCAGCCUGGUUCUCCACAGCCUGAGCACAGCACUGAGAGAUUUAGACUCAGAGGUGUCAUACCUAAAAGAAAAGGUUGUCCUGGUGGAAGAAGAGCUUCAGUCUCUGAAAAAAGGUUCACAGACCCAAAAAGAACCUCUGCUUCAGCAACAUCAAAUUAGGUACCCGUUCUCCGUCAAAGAGUUGUACCUUGCUUGUUAUGAGCCAGCAGAAGCUCACACAGAACAGGAUCAACGUGACCAAGAAUCUGGAAAUCUGAGGGACCAGACUGAUCAAUUGUUGGUUAAACUUCAUAAAACAGAACUAAGCCUGGGAAAAGAACAGAACAAGAGAUUUUGGGAUCAGAACACAGACAACAGCAUCACUAUGGACCAGCUCAGGAGAGAGCUGGACAACAAAACCCAGCAGCUGCAGAGCAUGGAAGAGGCAGUGAAGGAAAUGAGGAUGGAGUGUCUCAGACAAAUGGAGUGCCAGAUGGCUGCAAUUAAGGAAAAAAAUGAAAGCAUUGGAAGAAUCUCCUCUUUGAGUGUCCAGCUGGAGGCAACCAAGGAAACACUCCAUGAAGUUGGAGAUGAUCUUGCAGCCAAACAGAUGGACUUGGAGGCUGCUGGGAAAACAGUGUCAGAUCUGACAGCCUGUCUGCAGGAGAAGGAGAGAGCCCUUGGGGUUACCAGCCAGGAACUGAAGGAGCUGCAUUCCCAGCUUGGCAGCAGGAUGCAGGAGCUCCAGCAUCUAAAGAAUGAAGAGGGCUGCUUACCCAAGGUGCAGUCGGAGCGUGAGACACUGAAACUGCAGGUGUGGGAGAAGGAAAGGAUCAUUAAGAUCUUCCAAAAGCAAAUUGAUAACGUGACCCAGCUCAUGGGCCAGCACAGUCGGGCUGCUGGAGCAAUGGAAGUUGAGAAAUCCCAGCUUAGACAAGAAAUAAAUGACUGGAAACUCAAAGUAGAAGAGCCCAAGGUUGCAAAGGAUGAGAAAGAAGCCAGAAUACGUGAAGUGGAGGCCAGACUGAGCGAGCUGGAGCUGGAAAAGGUUCAGCUGGUUAACACAUGCACAGAGAGGCUCCAGGCACUUAAAGAUGUGAAACAGGAAAAAGAUCAGCUCACGGAUGAACUCCAGGCUGGUAGGAGCAACCUAGCUGGCCUUGCAGAGGCAUUUGAAGAUUUGGAGAGGGAUUACCAGGAUAAAAAUGAGGAGAUGCAAGAUACUGCAAACAGACUGAAAAUGCAGCUGCAAUCUGCCCAAGCUGAACUGAAAGAGGCCAGGACUGCUCUAAAUGCUAUGGAGGGAUCUGCUGGCAAUGCUCUGGAAGUUGCAGUGAGAAUGCAGAAGCAGAUCACAGCCAAGAGAGGGCAGAUAGAUGCACUGCAGAGCAAGAUUAGAUUCUUGGAAGAGGCAAUGGCUAACGCAGCUGAGGAGAAGCACUACCUCAGAGAAGAAAACUGUAAAGUAAGUGAAAAAUUGAGCUGUAUUAGAGCAGAAAAUAUCAGGAUUGCUGGGGAACUGGACAUCCUGAGAGCAUGAGACAAACAGCUGAAAGAGACUAAGAUGGAGACAGCCCUUGAUAAGGCAUCCAUGCAAUUUGCAGAGUGUCAGGGCAUAAUCCAGUGUCAGGAGCAGGAGCUGCAGCACACUCUGGUUGUCAAAGAGCUGCAGGGCCCAGGCUACUCAUCAGCUUCUUCUUCAAGAAAACUGUGGCAUCCCUCAGAAAACAUCAUCUUAUGCAAAAAAAAAAAAAAUCUUCUGGGGUUUUUGUAUAUAGAUUUUUGUAAAAAUCUCCAGAAGGGACCUGAUGUGUCUUCAGCAGGUGUUUUCUUUAAUUUUUACCUCAGAAUCUGCAGGAGGCUCCAAGUGCCCUCCAAGCUGGACAUUUUGAAGGAAGAACGAUUGCAGGAUCUAAAGGGGAUUGUUCAAGAAUUAACAGGCUCAGACAGUGACAUUCCCUCUCUGGCAAUGGUGGAGAAAACCACCUUUAGCAACCACGAGCAGUGCAGUGUAAGAGGAUCCUUCCUGCUCACACCCUGCAGAUCUUCAGUCCCCAGAUGUUUCCCUGCCCUUUUUACAUCCCUGGGAAUUGCAUCCAUCUGCUCAGCAGCUUGUUGUUACACAUCCUCCCCCAAGAAAGCCUCUUGAGAGGAGAGAGACAGAGCAAAAUCUCCAGUGCCCUUGCUGUUAACUACUCUACCUGAUGACCUUGGCUCCAGUGCCUCAGCAGGACACAGACCAUCCACAAGGAAUGCUGGCUCUCCAGAGGGUGCAGCCACAGCCCCCCAAAUAGCUUCUCAGCCCGUGGAAAGUAGCGAGCACACACCAAGGAGGCUACAGAACAAGAUGGAAAGCCUGGAAGACCUGGUGGAAUUGUUACAGGUAAAAAAUUCAGCCACGUCACCAGUGAUCAGAACUCGGGAGGUGAAGACAAAGAAAUCCAAGGAAAAGGAGAAAAAGCUCUCAAAGUGAAGUUGUUAGUGAUUCCUUUCAUGUGGAUGGCAUAGGAGGACACCCCAGAUGACAGCCAGCCCCUAAGAGAGAAAACCCAAUACCAGGCUAAUCUGUGGAGAGACUCCAAACAAUCACAGCUCCUAAAGGAAGCAGUGCAAGACCUGGAUCCAGUCGGACGUGGUGUGAACAGGUCUGGCAACAGGGGCAGAUGAUUGUAGCACCAAAUGCUGAAGUAAGGAAAGGCACGAUUCCUGUCUGGGGUGUCGAAGAGCAGAGACCCAUGAAGUGACAUGGAUGCACACAGAGACAAGGAAAAACACCCCACCCCUCCUGUGUGCUGUUCCAACCCUUUAUUGUGGCCAGCAUAAGACAUUCACUGGAAAAAUGUCUGAUAGUUACUAAACCCCAGGAGUAGGAUUAAGGAUUUCUGGGGUCUGUUCUGAUUUGUCUGAUACUGUGCUCUGUGAUUUCCCAAUUCCUUCCCUGAGAAGCUUUUCCCCUCCCUACACAGACCCGAAGGAGCUGAGUAACUGGUGUUGCACAAACUGAAGAAGCCACUUGACAAGCUCAGUAAGUUUGGCUUUUUAUGUCUCUUCAAGGUAUUCCCAGUGCAUGGGACAGGACUGUUUCAUCAUGUACACACGCUUUCCAGAAUGUGGGCCUUGUCUGCCUCUCUUCCUGGCAGUAUCAUCAUGAUUUUGGAAAGGGAAGAUGUGCCUCUGCUUGUUUCAGGGAUCUGCAGUUGUGAGACAGGACUGUGCCUUGAGCCAGCAGUGCACCCACUGCAUUCCCGUGCUGCACUUCAGAGGUGGAGUCGCUCCUCACGGGAAUGUUUUCAGUGUAUCAUGGCCAGUGAGCACUUCCUUGGUUUCCAAAGGUAAAAUAAUUUGCCAAAAAAAAAGAAAAAAAUUCUCGCAGAGAGUCUAGAAAAUCUGCUUGGAGAAGGGGUGUGGUUCUAUGCAUCACAUGGGUAGCUUUUUGUAGAAAAAUAAACCGAAAUAACGAGUUAAGCAAACCCAAAAUUCUGCAGAAAUCUUUGCUUGAGCUAUAAAUAUUCAUGCCAGGGUUCAGCAAAAAGAAUUUCAGUGAUCCCGUGGUCUGCAAGGAUCCUUUAUCUGUUUCGGUAGCAAACUAAAUUCAGCCUUUGAAAAACCAAAAUAUCUCCCAAUUAAGAUAGAACUUCUUAAAUAUUCCUGCCUUUCUUUUGAUUUGCCAGGGUUUCGGUGCUCAGAUAAACCAGGAUGUUCUUUAACAUCAUGAAUAAAGAAAUGCCUGAUGGCUGUGGAAAGUAGUUGUGAUGAAAAUGGCUCUGCAUAACUAGA